AGACUUGCAAGGAAACAACAUCACUGUCAUCUAUGAGACUGAUCUACAAGACCUUGGAAAACUGAAGAUUCUGCAAUUGACUGAUAAUGCAAUACGUACGAUAGAAAGGAAUGCAUUCCAAGACCUAAUAAAUUUAGAGAGACUACGACUUAACGGCAACAAUAUACGACAGAUGCCGGAAAAUUUAUUUUUCUCCAUGCCUAAUUUAUUUCGUUUGGACCUCAGCCAUAACUCAAUUUCCGUUAUUGAACGGAAAACAUUUCGUGGGGCUACAGCUCUGAAAAAUCUGCAACUUGACAACAACAAAAUCACUUGCAUAGAUGAAAACGCCCUAAGGAGUAUGAAGGACCUAGAAAUAUUAACACUGAACAACAACAACCUCACGUACCUAGCCAAAGACAUGUUCAGCAACAUGUUCCGUCUGCGAACGCUCAGGCUCAGCGACAACUUUCUCCAUUGCGAUUGUCAGCUAUCUUGGCUGGCGAGGUAUCUGAGGCAUUCGCCAAGGCUCGCUCAGUACACCAAGUGCCAUUCGCCGAGCCAUUUGAGGGGCCAGGCGAUCGUUGAUUUGCAGGACGCAGAGUUCAAGUGUUCUGGUUUGGUGGAGCGUGCAAUGAAUGGGGAAUGCAUUAGCGAACCCCAAUGCCCCCACCCUUGCAGGUGCGCCAACGGUAUAGUCGAUUGCCGAGAAAAAGGACUAGCCAACAUCCCUGAACAUCUACCCGAAGGAAUCACUGAACUGCGAUUCGAACAAAAUGAAAUCACCGAGAUUCCACCCAAGGCGUUUGUAGCUCACAAAAGACUUCGAAGAAUUGAUCUGAGCAACAACAAAAUUUCGAAAGUCAGUCCAGAUGCCUUCCAAGGACUCAAGGCCCUAACUUCACUAGUUUUGUAUGGAAACAAAAUUAAAGAUCUUCCAGCUGGAGUAUUUCAAGGCCUAGUUUCACUGCAGCUUCUGUUACUUAAUGCGAACGAAAUCACCUGUAUAAGAAAAGAUACUUUUCUCGACUUGCACAGCUUGAGCUUGUUGUCUCUUUAUGACAAUAACAUUCAGUCUCUUGCCAAUGGUAGCUUUGACUCAAUGAAAAGUAUACAAACACUACAUUUGGCCAGGAAUCCUUUCAUCUGUGACUGCAACUUGAAAUGGCUGGCAGAAUACCUACACCGAAACCCCAUUGAAACUUCUGGAGCUAGAUGCGAAACUCCGAAACGAAUGCAAAGACGAAGAAUCGAGUCACUCAAAGACGAAAAGUUCAAAUGUCAAGAAGAAUUCCGAACGAGGUAUGCAGGAGAGUGCCUUAUCGACAAUGCUUGUCCCUCUGGAUGUUCCUGCGACGGUACCAUAGUCGAUUGCUCCGGUCGUACAUUGAAGGAAAUUCCCAGAGACAUCCCCCUGUAUACGACAGAACUAUUGUUGCAUGACAACGAACUGGGAAGGAUAAAGUCCGAUGGACUUUUCGGCCGCCUACCCAACCUGGUGAAAUUGGACCUGAGAAGAAACCUGAUCACAGGCAUCGAGGAGAACUCUUUCGAAGGAGCCUCGAAGAUUUCAGAGCUGUUCCUGUCGGAAAACAAACUCCUGGAAGUCCACAACAAAAUGUUCCUCGGCCUUCACAACCUUAAAGUUUUGUCCUUGAACAACAAUCAGAUUACUUGCGUGAUGCCGGGGUCUUUUGAUUUUCUCCAAUCACUACACACCCUGAAUCUAGUUCAGAAUCCGUUCAUAUGCAACUGUCAUCUCGCUUGGUUUUCGGAGUGGCUCAAGAAUAAGGGUUUGAGUGGUUCAUCUCCGAGAUGCUUCGGACCAGAGAUGGUGAAGGAUGUGUUGAUCAAGGAACUGCCUAAAACAGAAUUCAAAUGCACCAGUGAAAACGAUCAAGGCUGCUUGGGUGAAAACUAUUGUCCACCCAUGUGCUCUUGUACCGGCACAGUCGUCAGGUGCUCAAGGGCCAAACUCAUUGAAAUACCACGAGGUAUACCGCCAGAAACAUCUGAACUAUAUCUAGACUACAACGAAAUCGACAGGAUACAAGCCGACAGGAUAAGUCACCUGAAAUCACUAACAAGGCUAGAUUUAAGCAACAAUAAGAUCAGAAUGCUGUCAAAUGGUACAUUCCUAAAUCUUUCCAAACUGUCGACUCUCAUUUUGAGCUACAACAAGAUGCAGUGCGUUCAAAGAGACUCUCUGCAAGAUCUGAUAUCUUUGAGGAUACUAUCUCUUCAUGGUAACCAAAUCUCACUGAUACCAGAAGGAAGUUUCACCAAUCUGAAAGCGAUAAGCCACAUAGCUUUAGGAUCGAAUCCACUUUAUUGUGACUGUUCACUAAGAUGGCUGUCUGAUUGGGUGAAAGUAGAUUACGUGGAACCUGGCAUAGCUCAUUGUGCUGAGCCCCCUAAUAUGAAGGAUAAAUCGAUCCUCUCAACUCCAUCGACUGCAUUCAUAUGUAAAGGUGAAAUCAGCAAUGAAAUUUUGGCCAAAUGCGACGCUUGCUACACGUUCCCAUGCCAGAAUGAUGGAAAAUGCCAGACGAUGCCAGAAAGGGACUACCAAUGCAAAUGUGCGCCUGGAUACCACGGAAAAAAUUGCGAGUUCAUGAUAGAUGCUUGCUAUGGAAACCCCUGCCGAAACCAAGGAACGUGCAAACUCCUCGAAGAAGGGAGGUUCAGCUGUCAAUGUGCUCCUGGCUUCACCGGCGUUCGAUGCGAGCACAACAUCGACGAUUGCCUCAACAACAAGUGCCAAAACAACGCCACCUGUGUGGACUUGGUGGACUCUUACCAGUGCAAAUGCCCCGCAGGGUACAUGGGCGACUAUUGCGAGCGGAAAAUUCCCUUUUGUACUGACCAGUACAAUCCUUGUAAAAAUAGUGCUCGUUGCGUUGAUCACGAUAUUUAUUACACUUGCGAGUGUCUACCUGGUUUUAAGGGCGAGAACUGCUCCGUAAACGUCGACGAUUGCGAGAAUAAUAUGUGCCAGAACGGUGCGACAUGUGUCGAUGGAGAUAACGAAUAUUUUUGCAAGUGCACCGGGGAAUACAGCGGGAAAUUCUGCGAGAUAACCCCCUUGGUGGCGAUGAUGUAUCCCCAAACGUCGCCCUGUCAACACCACGACUGCGUCCACGGGGUGUGUUUCCAGCCCUCGGGCAGCAACGACUAUCUUUGCAAAUGUGCACCGGGCUAUUCGGGCAAACGUUGCGAAUAUUUGACGAGUCUCAGUUUCGUUCACAACACUUCGUACGUUGAAUUGGAACCGCUGAGAACGAAACCAGAAGCGAACGUUACAAUUAUAUUCGCUACCAAUCAAGAAAAUGGCGUGCUAAUGUACGACGGUCAUCAGGAGCAUUUGGCCGUGGAACUGUUCAAUGGCAGAAUUAGAGUCAGUUACGAUAUUGGCAACUAUCCCGUUUCAACGAUGUACAGCUACGAAAUGGUUUCCGAUGGCCAGUAUCACAUAGCAGAGUUGAUAGCGAUAAAGAAGAACUUCACUUUGAGGGUGGACAGAGGAUUGGCUAGGAGCAUCAUCAACGAAGGCUCCAAGGACUUUUUGAGGUUAACCACGCCCAUGUAUUUGGGGGGAAUACCGCCUGAGCCAGGCCAAGAGGCAUUCACACAGUGGCACUUGAGGAAUAUCACUAGUUUUCAUGGUUGCAUGAAAGAGGUCUGGAUCAACCACAAGCCCGUCGACUUCGGCAACGCGCAGACGCAGCAAAAGGUCCAGCCGGGCUGUGGCCCGGACAAGGAAGAGGAAGAAGAGCAAGAGCAAGAGGACGAGACGGAAGAGAUGGUGGGGGAGCCACCCAGCCCCCCCGAUCCCUGUCAGGGCAACAGGUGCAAGAACGACGCCAAGUGCGCAGCCGCGAAGAGCGGAGAAUACACGUGCAAGUGCAGGCCCGGCUUCAGGGGCAAGUACUGCGAGCAAGCACCAACUUGUAGAAAAGAACAAGUUCGCGAACAUUACUCAGAAAACGGCUGUCGAUCAAGGAAGCCCUUGAAGAUGGCAAGAUGUAUUGGCAGCUGCGGGUCAAGCUGUUGCCAUGCAAGAAAAAGCAAAAGAAGAAAGGUGAGACUCUUAUGCAAAGAUGGCACCCGCUACACCAAAGACAUCGACAUCGUACGCAACUCGAUAUCCAACACCGAGACCGCCAUUGGAAGUGAAACCGCUCCGGACCACGCCCACUUGCCAGACCACGCCCCCUUAACCGACCACUCCCCUUUAACCGACCACGCCCCUUUUCUCGACCACGCCCCUGGGCCAGUACACGCCCCCCUCGUGACUCAGCCACGCCUUCUGGAACCCACCGACCAGCCUUAUAAGCUGUCUUUCUACUACGAGGACGAAGAGGCUGCGAAAAAUUCGCCUCAGACUGGUUCUCGAGAGGGUCAGGCAGAUUACGAUGGAUUCGUCGUACAGAGCUUCGACGAUACGUUUGAAGGGCACAAAGCGGCGAGGUAUGCGAAAGAAACCAAGGAGCACGGAUCAGGGUGCAUCCUGUCGGCAUUUUUGUACUUCAUCACCAUAACCUCAUUCGUGUAUCUAUCAGUGUUGUGGAUCAAGCAAAGGAUGUACAUGCAAAUAGAGCAAAUGCAGUGGUGGUAACACUGGAAGUAUUCCGUAUUUAAUGUGAAGUUAGGGAUUUUUCAUUUGGUGUGUGAUCAUUCAUCCAGAAUAUUGAUGUAUUCCCAAAAUUUUGAUAGGUAGUAAAAAAUAAAACAAAGAAAUCAAUUCCCAUUCAAAAUCAUCAAUUUCCUGUAUCCCAGAAACGAUGUUUCUUAUUUUGGUGAGUAAUUAUAAUAUAUCAACAACAAAUGUUUCCAUGUGAGUUUUGAAUACAUAUCUUCCAUGAAUCCAUUAAUUUUUAUAGCAAUAACUUUUGGUUGUUUGAUUACAUACUGAUUCGAUGAAUUUCACUAAAUACCUAUACAGGAUUGGUCAGUUUUUAAUUUGGGAAGAAUCAAUUGAUAGAUACCAUCGGUAGGUACGUCAUGGUUUUCCUUAAUUUUCUUGUUUGUUUUCGUCCUUAUAUUUUGGCGUCCGGAUAUGAAAAUUAUGCAAAAUUUCAUCUGUACAAUUUCUUGACAUAACUUACACAAACAAAUACU